AUGAAGCUUCAAGCCCUCGCCCUCUCCCUUCUCGCUGCUACGGGCCUCGCAACCCCCGUCCGCAGAGACGUGGGCCAGGCAGUCUACACCCUGCGGCUCUCCUCACGCGUGGCAACCCUCGACGGCGUGUACCUGACCACCUCAGCAAACGGCAGCACCCUGGGCGUGUACCCGACCCCGGCCGCGGAGAGGCUGCACGUGUACCCGGUCAAGAACCCGACGACGGGGCUCGCGGAGCUGCGCACGCAGGGGGCAGGCAACACGCUCGCGGUCGUGGGCAAGCACGGCCUGCUGGACUUUGCCAGCCUGGAGGACCCGGCCGCGGUUCCCGUGCCGGAGGGCGGCAAGUGCGACUGGACCUCGUUCCGGCUGGACGACGAAGAGCAGGGCGGCGUGCUCCGGUACGCGGGCGAAGGCGCCCAGAACGGUGGCGGCUGGGCUGCGUUCCCUGACGUGACUGCUGAGGGCGGCUGGAGUGUGAAGUGGAAGGGCGGUUGUUUGCUGACUGAGCUUCGGGGGGGAAACAUAGCCAAGGCGUUCACGACGGAGGAAUACAUGCCCGUCCAGGUCGUGUAUGAGCGCGUCAAAGAUGAGUAG